GCCGACCGCCGCGGCCGCUGCCGCCGCUGCUGCUGCAGUCGGCAUCCAUCAGCGGGCGGGGGUGUCGCGGAACAGGCUGCUCCGCAGAGCCCGCCGAGGCCCGUUCCGCCCCUCCCGGCGGCCUGCGGGGGGGGCCCGGAGGAGCAGAGGGGACCGCCCCUCGCCCAGCCGGCCGGAGAUGGGGACCCCCAGGGCCAGGUGUGCUGGUCACCAUGACAACAGAGACAGGCCCCGAUUCUGAGGUGAAGAAGGCUCAGGAGGAGGCUCCACAGCAGCCUGAGGCUGCCGCUGCUGUGACCACCCCAGUGACCCCCACAGGCCACGGCCACCCAGAGGCCAACUCCAAUGAGAAGCAUCCGCCCCAGCAGGACACACGGCCUGCUGAACAGAGCCUAGAUAUGGAGGAGAAGGACUACUGCGAGGCCGAUGGCCUGUCUGAGAGGACCACGCCCAGUAAGGCCCAGAAGUCACCCCAGAAGAUUGCCAAGAAGUUCAAGAGUGCCAUCUGCCGAGUCACUCUGCUUGAUGCCUCUGAAUACGAGUGUGAGGUAGAGAAGCACGGCCGGGGCCAGGUGCUGUUUGAUCUGGUCUGUGAGCACCUCAACCUCCUGGAGAAGGACUACUUCGGUCUGACCUUCUGUGAUGCCGACAGCCAGAAGAACUGGCUAGACCCCUCCAAGGAAAUUAAGAAGCAGAUCCGCAGCAGCCCCUGGAAUUUUGCCUUCACAGUCAAGUUCUACCCACCUGACCCAGCCCAGCUGACAGAAGACAUCACAAGGUACUAUCUAUGCCUGCAGCUUCGGGCAGACAUCAUCACUGGCCGGCUGCCCUGCUCCUUUGUCACACAUGCCCUGCUGGGCUCCUAUGCAGUGCAGGCUGAGCUGGGUGACUAUGAUGCUGAGGAGCACGUCGGUAACUAUGUCAGUGAGCUCCGCUUUGCCCCGAACCAGACCCGGGAGCUGGAAGAAAGAAUCAUGGAGCUGCACAAGACAUACAGGGGCAUGACCCCAGGAGAGGCAGAAAUCCACUUCCUGGAGAAUGCCAAGAAGCUUUCCAUGUAUGGAGUUGAUCUGCACCACGCUAAGGACUCUGAGGGCAUUGACAUCAUGCUAGGUGUCUGUGCCAAUGGCUUACUCAUCUACCGGGACCGCCUGAGAAUCAACCGCUUUGCCUGGCCAAAGAUUCUCAAGAUCUCCUAUAAGAGGAGUAACUUCUAUAUCAAGAUCCGGCCUGGAGAGUAUGAACAGUUUGAGAGCACCAUUGGCUUCAAGCUCCCCAACCACCGGUCAGCAAAGCGGCUGUGGAAGGUCUGCAUUGAGCACCACACGUUCUUCCGGUUGGUGUCCCCAGAGCCCCCACCCAAGGGCUUUUUGGUGAUGGGCUCCAAGUUCCGGUACAGUGGGAGAACCCAGGCACAGACCCGCCAGGCCAGCGCCCUCAUCGACCGGCCUGCACCCUUCUUUGAACGGUCUUCCAGCAAACGGUACACCAUGUCCCGCAGCCUUGAUGGAGCAGAGUUCUCCCGCCCUGCCUCAGUCAGUGAGAACCAUGACACAGGGCCUGAUGGAGACAAGCGGGAAGAUGAUGCUGAGUCUGGGAGUCGGCGAUCAGAGGCUGAGGAAGGAGAGGUCAGGACCCCCACCAAGAUCAAGGAGCUAAAGCCGGAGCAGGAAACCACGCCGAGACACAAGCAGGAGUUCCUGGACAAGCCAGAGGAUGUCCUGCUGAAGCACCAGGCCAGCAUCAAUGAACUCAAGAGGACCCUGAAGGAGCCCAACAGCAAACUGAUCCACCGAGAUCGAGACUGGGAACGGGAGCGCAGGCUGCCCUCCUCCCCUGCAUCCCCGUCCCCCAAGGGCACCCCUGAGAAAGCUAGCGAGGCCCAGAGGACCCAGGAUACUUCUCAGCAGGACUUGGUACCUGGAACAUCAGCAGACUUGGAAGUGUUCACUCAGAAAAGUCUCACAGCAUCGCCUGAGGGAUCAGAGCACUGGGUAUUUAUAGAAAGAGUAUCCACUAGGCCAGAAGAACGUGGCCUCCUAACAGUGGCUGCCAUACAACGGGAAGAAAGUGAGGCAGGCUUUGCUGAGAUCCUUGCUGAUGGCAGACUCUCCAAGGUAGACAUUCUGAUGGACAAGUUCAAAGUUGAAGUGGCCACAGAAGAAAUGGUGGGAGCCAGAAGAGCAGGCAGUCAGCAGCAAAGGAGCGUGGUUGCAAGUCCAGAAGACUUUGAGACGAUGGGGGAGGAAGGCCCCUGGGUCAGGGGAGGCUCCAGAGGGGCUACCCAGGCUACACGAGAAAAGCUCCUUGAAGGCCCUGAGCUCAAGGUGGGUGCCACCAAGGCACCCGUCAGGAACUACUGUGUCUCAGAUGGUCAGCUGGAAAGCCAAAUGGAACUGGGGAAGGGGCUGGAGAGUUUCCAGAUUUGGGGACGACCCACAGUCACAGGGGCCAGGUCAGUGGAGGAAGAGGUUCUCUCUCCUGCCUCAGACAAGGGAGGACUCCAGUCCUUUCUGUUGGAUCCAGUGCAGGCAGAAGCCAGAGCUGACUCAAGUGAUGAGACUGACACCUCCUUUGCAGAGAGGAGCUUCUAUCUAAACUACGGAGAGAAAGACUCUGAAGACCAAGUCCUUUCUCCACCCUCAGAGGGGAGGGAAGAGUGCCUGGACAUCCCUCCUGGAGAUGGGACCUGGCUGGAGCUGGAGGGGAAGCAUCCAGAACACUGGGAACUGAAGUCCUUGGAUACAAAAAGCUCUGCCACAGCUUCCAGCAAGAGUAAGGGUGAAGCCCACAUGGCUUCCUCAGAGGAAGACACCUGGCCUUCCAGAGACCGUGAUGACCUGCAGGGACCCACUAUGGGGCAGACUUUUGUAGAGGACUGGGAAGAAGCAGGGCAAAGGAUGGCCGGGGUAGCUGAAGAGGAAGAGGCCCCUGUGAGUAUAGAUUGGAUGGGAAAGAGUAAGAAAAGUCCCCCAGCUAGACAGAAGACGCACUCCCCUGGUAGAGGAGGGGUGCGCCUGGAUGCCCAGGCCUGUGCCCUUCUGUGGACUAUCCCUCCUUGUGUUAGGAAGCCAGCCAAGACAGCCCAAAGCAGCUUCCUGCCCAAGGAAAAGGAAGCAGUUCCCAUUCAGACUGGAGAAGCUGAGACAGGGGACAGGGAGGCCGUCCCCCCGCUGCCAGCUUCCCUUAGUUACUUUGAGGCUCAGACAACUCUGGAAGACUCUUCUCCAAGUCCAGUCCCUCCUGGGUCAGGGGAGCCUUUGGCAUUCAGGGAUCCCUCUGGGGAUCAGUUCCCUGAAUUUCUCAAACAUGUCCACCCUCCUAAAGAGAGCCUGGAGUCCAAGGACAAAGUUGAGCUGAUUGUGCCCCCUGACAAAAGAGGUGAGCACAAGGCACCUCCAGUUGCCAGCAGAAAGCCCAGAAUUGUCCCUGAAGGAACUGAGGGAGCCACAUUCCUGGGGUUGGUGUUUCCUUUAGAGAAACAAAAAGAGAUGGCUUCCCUCCAAGCUGGGGGCCACGAGGGUUCCCAGGAGGAUAUCAGUAAGACCUCAGUGGCCAACAAAAUUCGGAUAUUUGAGACCCACAGAGCUGAGACACAUCGAGCCAGUCAGGAUGAAACUAGGGCCCUUCCAAACGAGUUGACUUCAGAGACUUCCCUGGGACACGUAGAGCCACAGCAGAAUAAACUUCCAGACUUGGACUUCAUCCAGCUCCAGCUCCAGCUCCCUGGGGACUUUGCCAGCCCCGAAGUCCCACAUCCAUCUUUCAUGCCUCUGGCUGCCCAGCAUGUCAGGGAGGGCACUUCUCCCCACCAGGAAAGAGACCCAGACCCGGAGCUCAUGUCUCCCGAUUCAGGCCACGAAACCACGCUGGAGGAAGCUACUGGGGUAACUGGCCGUAACAAAUCCGGAGAUGCAGUCAGGGAAGAGAAGAGCUUCUCUGCCAGCUUAGCAGCAAAUGCCCCUGGGAAGAGGGGGCACCUGAGAUUCACCAGCCCUCCGGGUCCUCAGAGAGCAGGGCUGAGGGAGGGCUCGGAGGAGAAAGUCAAACCACCACGCCCUCGGGCCCCAGAGAGUGACACAGGAGAUGAGGACCAGGACCAGGAGAGGGAUGCCGUAUUCUUGAAGGACAACCAUCUGGCCAUUGAACGCAAGUGCUCCAGCAUCACGGUCAGCUCCACAUCCAGCCUGGAGGCUGAAGUGGACUUCACAGUUAUUGGUGACUACCAUGGCAGCGCCUUUGAAGACUUCUCCCGCAGCCUGCCUGAGCUUGACCGCGAUAAAAGCGACUCAGAGACAGAGGGCCUGGUGUUCUCCCGGGAUCUCAAGGAGCCCUCCAGCCAAGAUGAUGAGUCUGGGGGCCCAGAGGACAGCCCAGAUCGAGGGGCUUGCUCCACCCCGGAUAUGCCCCAGUUUGAGUCUGUGAAAGCAGAAACCAUGAUGGUCAGCAGUCUAGCUAUCAGAAAGAAGAUUGAGCCAGAGGCCGUACUGCAGAGCAGAGUCUCCACUGUGGACAGCACCCAGCAGGUAGAUGGGAGUGCCCCAGUAGGUAAAGAGUUCAUGACAGCUCCCCCCUGCAUCACCACAGAGACCAUUUCAACCACCAUGGAGAACAGUCUCAAGUCCGGGAAGGGGGCAGCUGCCAUGAUCCCAGGCCCACAGACGGUGGCCACGGAAAUCCGUUCUCUUUCACCGAUCAUCGGGAAAGAUGUCCUCACCAGCACCUACGGCGCCACUGCGGAAACCCUCUCAACCUCCACCACCACCCAUGUCACCAAAACUGUGAAGGGAGGGUUUUCUGAGACGAGGAUUGAGAAGCGAAUCAUCAUUACUGGGGACGAAGAUGUCGAUCAAGACCAGGCCCUGGCUUUGGCCAUCAAGGAAGCCAAACUGCAGCAUCCAGACAUGCUGGUAACCAAAGCUGUCGUCUACAGAGAAACAGACCCAUCCCCGGAAGAAAGGGAGAAGAAGCCACAGGAAUCCUGACCUCCGUGAAGAGAUGCUGGCAUGUCUGGUCCAACUCAAACCAGAGAACCAUUAAGAAGGGGCCUUCAUUUUGGAUUCUCCAACACAAUACCAAUGUCCCAGCUGUGACGUACUGUCACUGAUGAGAGACUGGGAAGGGAAAAGCAUAUAUAUAUAGAUAUAUAUAUAUAUAGAUAGAUAUAGAUAUAUAUACAGGAAACACCACGUCCUUGCACUGCUGCUGGGGCUGGUGGAGCAGUCAGCCAACAGCAACAACCAACAUCUGCAACAACCUUCAUUUCCUUUGCAGACAAAUUGAAGAAUUGGUGGGAUUUUUUUUUUUUCAGGAAAAAUAUGUAACAACUAUACUGUCUCGCCUCCCUGUCCCCCUUCUCCUGCCAGACCACAAGAGCAGACUGUAAUGAUUGUAGAAAUCUGAUUGAACCCCAGCUGCACACAGUCCAGAAUGGGGGAGCAUCCCAUUUGUUGUUCUUCAGCAUCUGUCAUCCACUCAAAUGCAAAGGGAACAAAAAAAAAAAAAAACAACAAAAAAAGCAAAACACAACGAUCACGCAGCCAAGCAAGAGAAGUCGCAGCAGCAAGACAAGCACAGUCAGUCAUUUUCCAAGAAAGGAAGUCUCCCGCUUGGGAAAGAGGAGGAGGACUGGAUUGCUAUUUUCUGGGUCUUGACACUGGGCUGCGAAAUCCACUUUCUGUUCUUCCACCUCCCCUCCUCCCCCUUGACUCCUGGUCUUGUCCCUUUCUGUCUCUCUCCUUCCUGCCUGUCCUCUGUGUCGUGGUUCUGCUGAGGGCCACUGCAGAUGACUCUUAUUGGACAGAAAAGAGAAGACAAGGAAGCAAGAAGAACAAAACGAAGCCACUGGAAGGGAAGCAGACAUUGUAUGUUUCUGGUUUCUCAUGAUGGAGGUGCAGCUUGUAGGAGAUUUGUAUGGCUGUGCUUUUAAGUUAUGUAUAUUACAUAUAACAGGAAACACAUAUUAAAAUAAACAGUGCUGGUAAGUAUGCAGCUGACAUUUUAAAGUAUAAUUAUCUGACUGUGAUUGAUAUAUCCCAAGGUUCCUAGAUCUUGCUGAACUGGCCCAGCCAAGGACCCUAGACUCUGGGUGUGGCCAGCUCCCAGUAGGGCUGACAGAUUCAGUGUAGUGAAACUGUGUGGUGUUUGUAACUGGGUGAUUGGUGGGGGAGUGAGGGCCCCCCAUGGAGAGGUGGGGGUUCAGCAAGAAGGAAGCAACAUAGAUGUAGUAGUCCCGACUAUGCCAGUCCGUGAUGCCUUCUCCCCCAGCAGUAGCUGUCAGGGCCUUGUCUGUGCUCAGACACAGCCACCCCCACCCCCAUCCCAGUCAGGACUCUGCCGCUGAGGUCCCUACAUCACUCCUCCUGUUUCCAGGGGGCUUGCCUUGGUGUUCAGUCCUCUCUUUCUGUUCUAUUGUUUCUAUAAGUUUUUGUUUUGUUCUGUAUUCUGCCAUGUCUUGCCCUGCUCUUAAUCAGGUUGUGAUGGUUACUUCCUUCUCCAAAAGGGAGGUGGUGUCCCUGGCUGAGGUAGAAAGCAGUGACUGUAACCUGGUUCUCCAAUAUGCCCAGCCAGUCUUCCCCCUCUGCUCUUCCAUCUUGUGACUCAUUCUCUUCUUCCUGAGCCAAAGUAGCCAUGGUAAAAAGGCCAUGGACAUAGGGAAAGCCAUGAGAGGCCCAAACUGCAUUCUCACCUAUCCUGAACAAUGGUAAGUGAAACGCGGCAUUGCCCAUAGGCUUCAUCUGCGUUAGAUCCUGACUUGCACAACCUCCCCAUCAGUCAACAUCUGAGCUCAGAGAUGGCCUUGAGGCCACAGGGGCCCUUGAAGAAAACCCCGUUACAAGCUUGCCAUUGUACUUUGGCAUGUGCAGGCUUCCUCUGGCUUGUCUGCCACAAGCAAUGUCCCUUUCUGAGGGAAAAUAUCCCACAGCACUUGAAUUUCUCCAUCCCAUUUCACUUCCCAGCCUUUCUAAGGCAGCCCAUAAAUUUAUUCAACAAAUGUUUAUUGAGUUGCCCAUUGUACCAGGCACUGUUCUCAAGACAGAAGGAGAAGUGUGAAAAGAGAGGGACCUGAGAAGCCACCAGACCAACCUUCUGUCCCUAACCAUGGCUGGCUUGUCUCAGAACACUUCCUCACUUCCUCCACCUGAUUAGAUAUUGCCCAGGGAUGUUUCCAGAGGGCCCAGGCUAGAUGUGCCUCCUUGGCUUAUGAGUUAUUCCUACAAUGUUCACCUUCCCUACUUACCAGGUGCUGGUCUGAAGCAGGGCAAGGAACUAAAAUAGCUUCUGUCUCUGUGGCAGAUGGGAAGUAGAGCGAAGCUCUUAGAUACAGAGUCAGCCACAUGCCCCAGGUGCAGGUUGCUGGGCCCACUUCACUCCAGCAUGGCAGCACAUUUUCUUUGCUCCAGGAGCUUUGCACAUUCCUGGUGGAGAAGCCACACAACCUUCCUGCCCUUGGCACCAUGCAAGAUCCCAAUGCUCCUGAGCCAAGUGUGGGUGUGGCUCCGUCUCCUCUAGGCCCCUUGAAAUUUGGCUCAGGCCCCCAUCUGCCUUUGCAGGAACUAGGCUGAGCACAUUGGACUCACCUCAAAGGAAAGACCUUUGUCCAGAGGUUUGCACCUGCCUGCAAACCCUCCGUGCGGGCUACUGGACAGAGAUGAAUUGACACAGCUUAGCUUGUGGGCCACUGGGGUUUGGGAAGAACCUCAUACUGUGGAUGCUCUGACCUUCCUUUGGAGAGGCAGCACCCCACCAGGGGAGGAGGAGACCCAUAAAGCUAAAAUCUAGGGCACUGUUCCCUCCCCACCCUCGCUCCAUAGAGAAUAAGGACCUUGUCUUGUCUUGUCUUCAACCUACUUUUUCCUUUUUGAUUUUUUACACCUCAUCUUCUCUGUGCCUCUUCUGUAUCCAGGAAGCCAGGUAACAGUGGGAAAGGUCCCAGAGAGCAAUCAGGUGACCAUCCUGACUCAAUCCCUGUCUCACCAUGUGACACUGGGCUAAAACUAGUUCCACUCAAGGGUUUUCCCACUCUGUCUUAAAAAUCUUGAUUCUCCCUAGUUUUGCUUUCUGUGAAUCUUUUCCAUCUGAGGGUUCAGGAGGUGCCAGGACCUGUUUCAGUUUUUGAAUUCUGCAAGAACAUUCCAAGACUGGCCUGAAAUUGCAUGAGCAUCAUCAUUCUAAUUUUUUUUUCAAAAACACCUUACCAACCAACUGCAAUGCUGUCCUGUUCCUUUUUACUUGCACCCCCUCUCCUCUCUUGUACCCAUGCUCCCCCACCUCAGUGCUCCGUGCUGUAUGCGUGUGCUCUCUGUUCUUGUACACUCAAUAAAAGUGAAAUAAAUGUGUUUAAUGCUGAA